CAAUAGAUCAGUUUUUGUUAAGCAGAGUUAGCAAAAUGUCGAAAAAAUUACACUAUUUUGAUGUGAACGGUCUCGGGGAGGCCAUUAGGUAUAUGCUACAUUAUGGUGGCGAAAAAUUUGAAGACAUUAGAGUCGAAUACAAAGAUUUACCUACUUUGAAAAAAUCUCUUCCAUACGGCCAGCUACCACUAUACGAGGAGGGUGACCGCAAGCUGAACCAGUCUAUCGCCAUCAGCCGCUACAUCGCCAGCCAGACCGGACUCCUGCCCUCCGACCCUUGGGAACAGGCUGUAUUAGAUUCUGUAGCAUUGAAUAUUACAGACUUUAGACUAAAAAUGUAUCCCAUUUUACUGGAGAAAGAUGAAGCGAGGAAAACGCAACUGAAAACAGAAUUUCUGACAGAGACUGUUGAAUACUACCUAUCACGAAUGGAAAAGGAGCUCAAAGAUAACAAGGGAUUCUUUGGAGGAAAGUUAUCGUGGGCUGAUUUCUACGUAGUAGGAAUCCUGGAGACCGUCAACCUUGUGUUGAGCGCUGAAGUGGAGAAGAAUUACCCUACAAUAACUGCGCUCAUGAACAAAAUCCGAACGCUGCCUGGAGUCAAGGAAUACAUCGCAAAAAGGAAACCUUAUGUUUUUCCCGCACAAUAAAAAAUAAGAAAAAUAAAA